AUGUUUCCGCCAGUGGACGAUCGUGUUCUCGACAACAAUCCCGACUUUGCCAGAUUGUACAAAACUCUCACUACAUCCAUUCUAACCCCUGAUGGCACAUCGAGACGAAGUAAGGAAUCAAAAGAAAACGAGGCCAUUCGACAGGUACAAUCCCGCCGACUUCCCAGCACCAGCCAAGCCCACGCCUCUUUACUAACCUGUGCUUGUCCCUUGCAGCAAGCAGACCAGCAUCGUAUGAGAGCCGCAAACCAGCAUCUCCUUGCACGAGCCAUUGCGGCGGCUUCUCCGGCCGAUCAGCCCCGCGCGCCGGGAACACGAGCCCCGAGCGAUUCCUACACCGCCCGCGACUCGAAACUUGCCGACUCGUCCCUUCUCGACCUCCUCCUCGUCCUCCCACCACUCCUCCACACCCCGAGCUCCGUCUCCCCCGAUGUCGCCGCUCUCCUACUCACCAGCGCGCCUCUGUCAGACAUGCCGGUCCUCGCCCCUCCGCUCGCGGCCCUCGUGUCCGCUAACUUACACGCCGCGGCCCUGGCCCUGACACAGCUUACGCACCCGCUCAGCAGCCCGUCCACCGUACAGCGGCACAUCCCCGCGCUCGAACAUGACUACACCUCGCUGAGGGACCAGCUGGCGGCCGCGCACACCCACCUACUCGCCGGCCGCCUGCGCGCCGUGUCCGCGCUGACGCAGCUCCUGCACAUGCACGCCGAGAUGCGCGCGCGCCUCGUCCGCUGCCUCGAGGUCAAGCACGGGCCCGUCGCGCAGUCGCUCGAGCUGCGCGCCGCCGAGGUGGCGCUGCUCGCGCAGAGGGCUGAGGCCGAGGCCGCGCAGACGCUCGUGGGCCUGCACGCGCAGGUCUACUCGCCCGAGGUCGUGUCGGCGCUGCGCACGUACGGUGCGCACCUACGUGACGCCAAGAUUCGCGGUGCGGAACGGGUGCGCAACCUGCAGCGCGAACUUAAGGAGUAUGGUGUCGACGCCGACGACGGUGGUGGCAGCGCAAAGGAAAAGACGAUGCGGGAAAUGGCAAAGGCACACGAAGAGAUUGGGCGGCAAGUGGACGAGGUGACAUUGGACUUGAAGCGCCUACAUACGCAAUAG